UCUGUCUCUCCAGCAUACCACAGAAGGUUGUUCAACAGUGUGCUCGUACACUUCAACAGAGAUGGGUGUUGUUCUGUUGCUUACUUUGCUUGUCUUUCUUCCCAACACGGCUGACGGUGGGAGAAACCAAGUCUGCCCCGAAGGCUGGAGAAAGGGGGGUUCAAAGUGCUUCAAGCUUGUGGACGAAAAAACUGAGACACCUGAUGCGCAUAGGCGGUGUAAAAAUAACCAUAAAGCCUCUCUAGCCGUGAUUGAAAACGAAGCGGAGAAUAAAGUAGUUCAAGAUCUUCUCGGUGGUCAGUCGAGUGCAUGGAUCGGGCUACGUCGCAAAUAUGGAAGUUAUAAAUGGAACAACGAAUAUGAGUUUCAGUACAGUUAUUCAAACUGGGCUUCUGGUCGGACUUACGGAGAGUGCGUGAUGAUACUCAGUACUGGUGAAUGGCGACGAUCAUAUUGUUUUCUUGACCGCCCCUAUGUGUGUUUCAAGAAAGCUGACUGUGAACCAGGCUGGACUGGAGACAGAUGUGACCGCCAGUGUCACUGCUACCAGGGCUAUGUCUGUAAUGUGUAACUUACGAUUGCCCGCAUGGAUGUGAGCUUGGUUGGGCUGGUGACAAAUGUGAUAGACGCAUAGACAAACCUGAAGUGUCCUUCUACCGUAUGAAAGAUCGGGAAGGCUAUACUUUGAACCUUACCAUGGACCAGAAAGGCAUCCAUUUCUCGAACUUCGGAGCCGUGAACGCUGAAGGGGAGAUCAG